UUUUGAAUGUUUAUAUUUUUUAUUUUUUAUUUAAUGUUUGAUUUUCAUCUUUUAGGAACACGUUUCCCGAAGAAAAAAUGAGUUUACGCUGUUUACUUUGUUUUAAAAAAACGAUGAUUCGACCUUCCAUGUCCAGAAAUGUACAAUUGGGUAAACUUUGUAGCCGAAUAAAACUGUGCUCCAGUCAGUUUCGUCAAUUCACCAGUCAAUCAUGGGAACCAGUUCCGGACUUUGAUUAUCUUAGUGAUCCGAAAAACUAUCAAACUAUAGAAAGCAACAUAAAGUCCAGAAAAGGAACAGGAAGCAUCGAAUUAUUUAUGGAGUUGCUGUCAAAAUUCAACAGCUCGCAAUCAGCAGAUAAAAUGGAAUUGAGAAAAACACUGUUGGCUGAAGCGCUUAAAAUACCCAACAAUUCACAUCCUAGGUUGCAUGCAUAUGGUGAUACUCCUCAUGUAGUUGAAACUCCAGGUGAAAAACCCAAUUGGUCUUUCAAGCCACUAGAAUUCCACUCGAUUGCAAAAGAUCUUGACCUUUUGAGGACUGAAAACUUGGGAAAUCUCACAGGACCACGAUCAUAUUAUUUGAUCAAAGAACUUGCCCAACUUGAACAGGCUUUAAUUCAUUUUACUGUAGAUGCAUUGGAAAAGAAAGGUUUCAUCUUAUACUCUGUUCCAGAUUUACUUCAUUCCAGGCUAAUUGAAAGUUGUGGUAUGGACACUAAAAGUGAAAGGACUCAGGUUUACAAAUUGGAGCCCAAGUUCUAUGGAGACAUAUGCUUGUCCGGUACGGCGGAGAUGGCUUUAGCUUCUUAUUUCACCGGAUCAGCAGUGCCCGUUUCUGAGCUCCCAAUUAAAAUGGCAGCAGUCAGUCGUUGCUAUCGCGCUGAAACUUCAAACGUCCAGGAGGAAAGAGGCAUUUACAGAGUCCAUCAAUUCACCAAAGUGGAAAUGUUUGGUGUGACGAGUGGUGAGGCAGCGGCCAGCGACGCUUUGCUGGAAGAGUUCGUCGCCAUCCAGAAGGAACUUUUCUCAAGCUUGGGUCUGCACUACCAACUUUUGGACAUGCCGCUCCACGAAUUAGGUGCGCCCGCCUACCGAAAGUUCGACAUUGAAGCCUGGAUGCCUGGUAGGAACAUGUACGGCGAGAUUUCAAGUGCCAGCAACUGCACAGAUUAUCAGGCACGCCGCCUCAACAUCCAGAGUAUCGAUUCGUCAGAUACUCGGCGUUUCGUGCACACCGUCAAUGGAACUGCUUGCGCCGUACCUAGGACAUUGAUCGCUCUACUGGAGACGCACCAACAAUCGAACGGCGAGGUGAUUAUUCCAGCGGUCCUUCAGCCCUACUUGAACGGAAUGGAACGGCUUCGAAAUCCGACUCAGCCUUUCAAAAUGAAGUGGAUUAAAUCUAAAGCACAAAAAAACAAAACGAGUUGAGGGGGCAAAAAAGAAAGAAAGAUAUAAAUCACCGUCUAAUAUUGAUUUUGUUUCCUCUCUUUGAUAGAAUACACACGUUGACACACA